CCUCUCUCUGGUCAGAGCCGAUAAACACAAUCUUCUUCUCUUCUCCCAAUUAAUCCCAACCAAAAGCACAACAGGUCGUUCUUCAAUCUUUGGGAGGAAAAAUGGUAUUUUCCGCAAACCCAUUAUCUCUAAGUGUUCCAGAACCAGCUUUCGAAUCAUGGCUUCGGGAUAGUGGUUACCUCGAAAUUCUCGAUGAACGAACCACAAAUCUCGAUCAUCACUCUUCUUACUCGAGCAACAACCAAAGUGAUAAGAAAACAACCACCACCGCCGCCGCUUCUAGCACCACAAAAUCUUCAUCGUCUUCAACGAUUACAUCAACGUCGACCAUUAAUUAUACUUUAUUUGCAUUAAGUUUCUCUUACUUAUCAAUAAUCUUCUCUCUUUUCACUCUAAACCCUUUUGCUAAACUCACAACCGAUGAUUUCUCAGGGAACACCCCAUCUUGGACUGUUGGAUUUAUUGGUUCUUUUGAUUCUUACUCUUUUCCUUCUACUCCUUCACAAGCUAAACUUAGGGUUCAUGAGAAUAUUAAGCGUUAUGCUCGGAAUUAUGCUACACUCCUUGUCUUGUUCUUUGCGUGUUCAUUGUAUCAAAUGCCCGUUUCUCUUUUAGGGUUGGUUUCUGGUUUAGCACUUUGGGAUGGUGUUAGAUAUUGUAGUCAUCGAUGGAAUUUGGAAGCAUAUCCAUCUCUAAAGCUAACUUUGGUUCGAUUUGCUCAAUGUGCAACUGCAGUUAUUCUGUAUUGUUCCAGCGUUCAGAUAGCUACCUUUUGGGCGAUUGCCGUCGGUUAUGCAGUUAUGCUUAUGCAUGCCUCAUUACGGAAGUUAAGUCCAUCAAAGCAAUCUGCUCGGGCUGACGGGAACAAAAGGUUUCUGCAGAGCAAAAACAGGGGUUAACUACCAUAUUUUACCUCAUUUACCUCAUUCCAGCAUAAUACUUCUCAGGAAUGAGAAGAGCCAAGAGAAAUCAGACUAAAGUUGCAAUUUCUGUCCUCAUAGAUGGAGAAAUCUGUAGUCCAUACAGAGAGCCAGAGCCAGGAGGGAGAGGAUGUCUUUUAAUUUAAGCAUGGGUCAUAUUCACCAUUUGUUGAAGUAAGAUCAAAUUAUGUCCCAGUAGCAUAGGGAGUAUCAUGUAUAUUACUAUAAUUUUUUUGCGAGUUGUAAUGUACCUGAAAUAAAAUAUCCUCCUAAAUUUCCAAGUGUUUAGAAGAUCGCUAUGUGGUUUGACUAUUAUUCCAGAGCUAAUUAAUCUGAUGCUUCUCUUCUGU